CUCCGCCUCCGCUGCGCUCCGGGACUGGCGGAGCGCGGCCGGGCCGGCCCGCAGCCACCGCAGCGCCAGAGCCGCCUCCCGUAGCCCGGCCCGGCCCGGCCCGGCCCGCAGCCGCCUGCCCGCAGCCGGUGAGAUCCGGGGGUUCCCUGGGGUCCAGGUCAGAUGCUCCCAUCGGCGGUGCAGAAGAAGAGCGGGGUCGGGAGCUGCUGAGUGCUGAUCUGUGCGUGCUCCGGACCAUGGACUCAUUGAGGGCGCCCCAGGUGUGAAAAUGUCCAGCAGCAACCGGGCGUUAGUGAUUGACUUUGUGUCCUACAAGCUCUCGCAGAAGGGCCACAGCUGGAGCCAGCUGGAGGAGGAGGAUGAGACCAGGACUGACUUUGCAGCCGAGGAGGUGGAGAUGGACGGCGUCCUCAACGGGAGCCCCUCCUGGCACCCGCCCGCCAGCCACGUAGUGAACGGAGCCGCCGUGCACCGGAGCAGCCUCCAGGUCCACACCGGGGUUCAGGCGGCCGACGUGAGGCGGGCGCUGAGAGAGGCGGGGGAUGAGUUUGAGCUGCGGUACCGGCGGGCGUUCAGCGACCUCACGUCCCAGCUCCACAUCACCCCCGGCACUGCGUACCAGAGCUUUGAGCAGGUCGUGAACGAACUCUUCCGCGAUGGGGUGAACUGGGGGCGCAUCGUGGCUUUCUUCUCCUUCGGAGGAGCCUUGUGUGUGGAGAGCGUUGACAAGGAGAUGCGGGUAUUGGUGGGACGCAUUGUGUCUUGGAUGACCACCUACUUGACCGACCACCUAGAUCCCUGGAUCCAGGAGAAUGGCGGAUGGGAGCGCUUUGUGGACCUCUACGGGAACGAUGCUGCUGCCGAGGUGAGGAAGGGCCAAGAGACCUUCAACAAAUGGCUCCUGACCGGGGCCACGGUGGCCGGGGUGCUCCUGCUGGGAUCCCUGCUGAGCCGCAAGUGAGCCGGCCCCACCGCGGCCCCCCCCAGCCACUACACUCCUCCCAAGCACCGAGCCCUGUGGGGGGCACCCCCCACGCCGCAGCUCCUUUCUCGUAGCCCCCCCCC